CUCUCCGCGCUCUCCCAGCGUUGUCUUUUUGGUCCCACGUGGGCGGGCGAGCGAUGGCGGCGCUGGUUGUGUCCGAGGCAGCGGAGCAGGGCGGCCGACCCGGCCCUGGCAGAGGUCGGCCCCCUAGGGGCCGCUUGGCCAAUCAGAUUCCCCCUGAGAUCCUGAACAACCCCCAGCUACAGGCAGCUAUCCAGGUCCUGCCUUCCAACUACAACUUUGAGAUCCCCAAGACCAUCUGGAGGAUCCAGCAAGCCCAGGCCAAGAAGGUGGCCUUGCAAAUGCCUGAAGGGCUCCUCCUUUUUGCCUGCACCAUUGUGGAUAUCUUGGAAAGGUUCACAGAGGCCGAAGUGAUGGUGAUGGGUGAUGUGACCUACGGGGCUUGCUGUGUGGAUGACUUUACUGCAAGGGCCCUCGGAGCUGACUUCCUGGUGCACUAUGGCCACAGCUGCCUGGUUCCCAUGGACACCUUGGCCCAAGACUUCCGGGUGCUGUAUGUCUUUGUGGACAUCCGGAUAGACACUACCCACCUACUGGACUCCAUCCGCCUCACCUUUCCCCCAGCCAGUGUCCUUGCUCUUGUCAGCACCAUUCAGUUUGUGUCAACCUUGCAGGCAGCUGCCCAGGAGCUGAAAGCUGAGUAUCAAGUGAGUGUCCCACAGUGCAAGCCCCUGUCCCCUGGGGAGAUUCUAGGCUGCACGUCCCCCCGGCUGCCCAAAGAGGUGGAGGCUGUUGUGUAUCUUGGAGAUGGCCGCUUCCAUCUGGAGUCUGUCAUGAUUGCCAACCCCCAUGUCCCCGCUUACCGGUACGACCCAUACAGCAAAGUUCUGUCCAGAGAGCACUAUGACCACCAGCGCAUGCAGGCUGCUCGCCAAGAAGCCAUAGCCACUGCCCGCUCGGCUAAAUCCUGGGGCCUUAUUCUGGGCACUUUGGGCCGCCAGGGCAGUCCCAAGAUCCUGGAGCACCUGGAAUCUCGACUCCGAGCCUUGGGACUUCCCUUUGUGAGGCUGCUGCUCUCUGAGAUCUUCCCCAGCAAGCUUAGCCUACUUCCUGAGGUGGAUGUGUGGGUGCAGGUGGCAUGUCCUCGUCUCUCCAUUGACUGGGGCACAGCCUUCCCCAAACCACUGCUGACACCUUAUGAGGCGGCCGUGGCCCUGAGGGACAUUUCCUGGCAGCAGCCCUACCCGAUGGACUUCUAUGCCGGCAGCUCCUUGGGGCCAUGGACUGUGAACCAUGGGCGGGACCGGCCCCCCCAGGCCCGGGGCCGGCUAGUGCAGGGGAAGGUGCAGGAGGGGUGCGCGCGCCCCUCUCCAGCCGUGGCUAGCGAGGACUGCAGCUGCAGAGACGAGAAGCUGGCGCCGCUCGCUCCUUGAGACGCUCAGGGGUUGCAGGGCCCUGCCCUUCGGAGGAGCAGCCUCGAGGCUGGUGGUUUUCAGAGCAGGACGCAGACGUUUUCUCCGCGCUGGAAGAGCCCACAGUGUGCAGGGGUCUGGAGGAGGCCCUGGGAACGGUGGCACAGGCACUGAACAAGCUGGGGCCUUUUGACGGGCUCCUUGGUUUCAGCCAGGGUGCCGCCCUCGCAGCCCUUGUGUGUGCUCUGGGCCAGGCGGGAGAUCCCCGCUUCCCCUUGCCGAGAUUUAUCAUCCUGGUAUCUGGUUUCUGCCCUCGGGGCCUUGGCCUCAAAGAACCCAUCCUGCAGGGCCCCUUGUCACUGCCUUCACUCCAUGUUUUUGGGGACACUGACCGAGUCAUCCCUUCUCAGGAGAGUAUGCAACUGGCGAGCCGAUUCCUUGGAGCCAUCACCCUCACGCACUCUGGUGGCCACUUCAUUCCAGCGGCUGCACCCCAGCGCCAGGCCUACCUCAAGUUCUUGGACCAGUUUGCAGAGUGAAAGAUGAACAAAUGUCUCUACCCGUCCAUCUCCCCUUGGGGCAGCCUCUGUUAUCUAUGCCUUCUCCUGGGACCUCUACUGCUUUUCGUGCUCCUUGCCACAACCAGCUAAGAGGCAACAUUAAUUCUCAGGACUCAAAUUGAGCACUGUCCUGUAUUUGAGAAAAGGGGAGCAGAAGGCCUUAAUGGACUUUGCCCGUGACUUCUGAUACUGAAACAUGAAAAAGCCUAGAGAGCCCUGGAUGAGAGAAAGGUUACAUGGGAAAAGUAGGGACUGGCACCACUGUGACUGCUACACAAUAAAGUGGUGAUUUGGA